AUGCGUUAUGCUUUAUGUAAAAGCUUGUGCUCUCGGCUAAAAUAGUAUUGUUUGCCGCGGGCUUAAGGUGCCUUUACACUGACAACCAUAGGCAAUCAUGCCGCAUGCGGCGUGCUGCUGGUUUUCAGCAAUGUAGCAGCACAGUCGCAUACGGCUUGCGAAUUCACCCGUCAAUUCAGAUACGUAGUCGCAUGCGGCAUGAUGAAUUGGGAUACAAAUAAAACAAAGUCAUUAAUUGAAGAGUACCGUAAAAGACGUAUUUUGUGGGAUUUGCGUGAUCCGAACUACAAAAACAAUCGGAAGAAGAUCAAGUUAUGGGAAGAACUGGCUUUAAAGUUCGAUUGCUCGAUAAAGGAAAUCAAAAGCAAAGUAAAAAACUUGAGAACGACCUUCCAUAGAUACAGAAAGAGGAGGAUCAGGUCAGAUCAGAGUGAUCAGUGGGUCCACUUCGUUUCACUGCGUUUUCUUCUUAAUGUUAACACACUAAGAAAGGAAAUUUCAAAUUAUAAAGAUAUUAAUUUUGAGAAUGAGGACGACGUGGAGGACCAAGAAGUCAAUGACAGCACAACACAACUGAAGGUUGAGGACGAGGCUCCAUGUUCUACAGAAAUUGAAAUUGAGGAAAAUGUGCUGCAUCGAUCACUGACUCUCGACAAGUCUAGAGUUCAAGAAAGAAAUUCUGCUAACACUUCUUUAAAUCCACAUCUCCGAGCUGCCGGUAGAGAAUUUGUGAAGCUCGCUUCUCAGCUAAGAAAGCAUAGAAAACAAGGGAUUGACAAAGAUGAAGAGGCUAGAAGAGCUGAUAAAGCCUACAAAAUUUUCAAAAACACUUCACAGCGUGACGAAUUCGCUACAUUUGGGGAGCACGUGGCAAAUGAAAUUAGAAAACUAAAUUGGACUGCGCAGACCAUUGUAAAACAUCACAUAAACAACAUUUUGUUUGAUGCGGCAAUGGGAAAAUUUGAUGCGCCGUCAUCCACACACUCGGUUUCUUAGUUUUCUCCCUCGAAUCAAAGUCCUCCUCAACCACUACUCCGCCUAUGUUGCCUUGCAUUCCACCUAUUUCAACUUAUCCAAAACUCCAUGCAGCUCCAUCAAUCAGCUCUUCACUUCCUCCAAGUGAAAUGCCUUCUUCGGAAAUGAUAGAGAAACAACAGAACAGCCUUUAGAAACUAAAUCUUGGUGAUUUCACUUUAGAAUUGAAUAUGUGAAGGAUUUGUAUUUUUUUAAUCCUAAAAAUCUUUGUCCUAAAAAUGGUUUUUUUAGGACUAAGAUAUCUUUAAGAUACGCGUUAUUGGGAUAUGAUAGAAAUGUAAAAAAUUAUAAAUAUUUUAAUUAAAUACGAUUAAAAUAAAAAGUGCUACAAAAAUCAAA